GGAGCCAACGCGGCCCUAGCCGGCUGGCUGUACGCCUCGCUGCCGCCUGGCGUCGGGGGCACCGGGGAAGACUAUGGCGAGGCGGGGAUUCACUUCCCGUGGCUGCCAGCGCUCGUGUGUACCGGCGCCGUGUUCCUGGGGGCCGAGAUCUGCCCCUACUCGGUGUGUUCGCGGCACGGACUGGCCAUCGCCUCACACAGCGUGUGCCUGACCCGGCUCCUGAUGGCGGCCGCCUUUCCCGUGUGUUACCCGCUGGGCCGCCUGCUGGACUGGGCGCUGCGCCAGGAGAUCAGCACCUUCUACACUCGGGAGAAGCUUCUGGAGACGCUGCGGGCCGCAGACCCCUACAACGACCUGGUGAAGGAGGAGCUCAACAUUAUACAGGGCGCCCUGGAGCUGCGCACCAAGGUGGUGGAGGAGGUGCUGACCCCCCUCGGAGACUGCUUCAUGCUGCGUUCGGACGCGGUGCUCGACUUCGCCACUGUCUCCGAGAUCCUGCGCAGCGGCUACACUCGCAUCCCGGUGUACGAGGGCGACCAGCGGCACAACAUUGUGGACAUUCUAUUUGUCAAAGACUUGGCCUUCGUGGACCCCGACGACUGCACCCCGCUCCUCACCGUCACCCGUUUCUACAACCGGCCCCUGCACUGCGUCUUCAAUGAUACUCGGUUGGACACCGUGCUGGAGGAGUUUAAGAAGGGAAAAUCUCACCUGGCCAUCGUCCAGCGGGUGAAUAAUGAGGGAGAAGGGGACCCCUUCUAUGAGGUGAUGGGCAUUGUCACGCUGGAAGACAUCAUAGAGGAGAUCAUCAAAUCGGAGAUCCUGGACGAAACUGACCUCUACACCGACAAUCGGAAAAAGCAGAGAGUCCCGCACCGGGAGAGGAAGCGGCAUGAUUUCUCCUUGUUCAAGCUUUCUGACUCGGAGAUGAGGGUGAAGGUCUCGCCACAGCUUCUGCUGGCCACACAUCGCUUCAUGGCCACAGAAGUGGAGCCCUUUAAGUCUCUAUACCUUUCGGAGAAGAUCCUGCUCCGGCUCCUGAAACAUCCCAACGUGAUCCAGGAGCUGAAGUUCGAUGAGAAGGACAAGAAGGCCCCAGAACACUACCUCUACCAGCGCAACCGCCCUGUGGACUACUUUGUGCUGCUUCUACAGGGUCAAGUGGAGGUGGAGGUUGGUAAGGAAGGUCUUCGCUUUGAGAAUGGAGCUUUCACCUACUAUGGUGUCCCAGCCAUCAUGACCACUGCUUGCUCAGAUAAUGACGUGCGGAAGGUUGGAAGUCUGGCUGGAUCUUCCGUCUUUCUAAACCGGUCCCCUUCUCGCUGCAGCGGGUUGAAUCGCUCAGAGUCUCCGAACCGCGAGCGCAGCGACUUUGGGGGAAGCAACACGCAGCUGUGCAGCAGCAGCAACAACCUCUACACGCCCGACUACUCGGUCCACAUCCUCAGCGACGUGCAGUUCGUGAAGAUCACACGGCAGCAGUACCAGAACGCACUCACUGCCUGCCACAUGGACAGCUCACCCCAGUCCCCUGACAUGGAAACCUUCACUGACGGAGACUCCACCAAGGCCCCAACGACUCGGGGCACACCCCAGACACCCAAGGAGGACCCUGCCAUCACACUGCUGAACAACAGAAACAGCCUGCCGUGCAGCCGCUCAGAUGGGCUGAGAAGCCCUGGCGAGAUAGUAUACCUGAGGAUGGAGGAGAUAGCCUUCACCCAGGAAGAAAUGACUGACCUCGAGGAGCCCAGUACACAGCAGCUUUCACUGUCUCCUGCAGCUGUUCCCACAAGAGCAGCAUCAGAUAGUGAAUGUUGUAACAUCAACCUGGAUAUGGAAACCAGCCCUUGCAGUAGCGACUUUGAGGAAACCAUGGGAAAGAAGCUGCUGAGGACCUUGAGUGGUCGAAAAAGGAAGAGGUCAACAGAUGGAGAGAGAACCUCUGAGGAAAACUCCAAUUUAAUGCCUCUGAUCACAUGACAGGCAAAGACAGCACUCGCUGGGUGUGUGAGAUUCCAGAGCUUUGGGGGAGAACCCACCCUCCCAUCAUCUGCUUCCCCCCAAGGCCUCCCACAGGUGACAAAGUGUUCUGCCUUUCUUUCUACAUCUUCUGUCAGUUUGUCUUUCCACCCCUAGCUGUCAGUUUGGCAGAUUUUCCCUUGUUGCCUCCAAUUUGACUCAGAGCCUUGCCAUGGCCAUAAAGAAAGGAGGUGCCUCUGAUGGAACAUGCCAGAAAUGGUCUUGUCCACAGCACAGUCGGGGACUGGAGAAGAGAUGACCCCAAGCUGACAAUGCUACUCUGGGACCGCUGAUUGUUUCUUCUUUGUUCUUCAGGAUCUCCUGAUGCCACAGGAGACCCAUGUCCUGGAACUCACCCUUCUUUACUGCAGAACAAAAUAACUUUCUACCAUAUUUCAUUCUUAGCUUAGCUCAGAAGGUGUCACUGGGAGACAGGCACAUAGGAAGCUGGAGUAGCAGGUAUGAUGAUUAUUCAGGUCAUGGACCAAGAACUCCUUCAGAAAUUUAGAGCAGUGGGAUUUAGCACUGUUGAUGCGUAUGUGAUUGAUCUUACAGCCCAGAAAACUGUCAGUGACUGGUUUCCUGAUAGAUAAGGGUUCCAGCAGCCUGGAGAGUAUGUCUCAGCUGGAAAGGAAAAAAUGUGAGAUGGAAACUCAGGUCACUGUUUUGCCCAGGGAUAUACCUAUUUUGGCUCCCAAUCAGCAGUCAUCAAUCGGUAAAUAAAUCUGCUCUGGAAGAGGAAGAGCAGAGAGACCCAGUGGGGAGCCAGAAAUGGAAGUUCAGGUUUUAAGUGCAAAUCAAAGAAAAAAAAGCUUAUAUGAGAUUAUCCUCAGCUGUUAAAGCAAGUUUAGCCAUGACAAACCAAAGAGUGCCCAGGUCAGCCAAGAAGGAUGCAUGCUCUCAUGGGGCUUCAGUAUGCAUUACACAGGAAUGUUGAAGAAUCGCUCUUCUUUUUCAUCCAUUCUCCCCAUGCCCCAACCCUUUACCACACCCCAGCAGGUCAGCUAAGUGUACUUUGUUCCAGGAACUUACUCGAUCUCCAGUUUUUCUCCAGGAUGCUGGUGCAGGUGCAAUCCCAUGAGUUAUCACCAGAUGGCAGAAUGACUACACAUACCUACUUCCAAGAAUAAAAGAAUUCUGAUCAGGAACCACAGCUGGCCUUAGGGAAAAUUUGGAAGUAAGUGAAGUUUGUCUUUGAGGCACCUGUCUCCCUUUCUGAUCUAUCUCCUACCCCUUGGGUGCGCUCAGUCAGGAGCCCAGUGAUCCAGUGCUGCCUGCUGAAUCUCCAAACCAUUCCUAAACACUUCCCUGUGGUGUACCAUCAGGCUUCUCUCUCCUUCCUCCAAAAUUAUUACUCCCACCUUCCCACACCCAUUUAAUCAUUAAUCACACGGGGAGGGGAGAGACUGAUAAUUCCUCUGGGUUAUUUGCAUCUCAAAAGAAAAUGCUUACCCACAGGAACCUUUAACUCAGGGGUUCUUAACUUGGGGUCCAUCACUCCAGGGAGUCCACAGUUGGACUUUGGAGAGUCUAUGAAACCCCUAAAACUGUAAGAAUUUAGUGUAUGUAUUGUGUGUGUUUUCCAGAGGGUUACAGCUUUCAUAAGAUUCUCAAAGCUCUCAGACCCACAAAGGAUUAAAAAACACACUAUUUUAAAUAGCAGAACUUACAGCCCAGAAUUUCUGCAAUGCAGAGUAAAGUGAACACUGGGUAGUUCAAGGCAGAUUUUUAAUUACAAGGGGUCUUCUCAAGUGUCCAUCCAUCAGUGGGGAAGGCUGGCACCCACCAAGAACUGGGUGUCCUCAGAAAUUCUUGGCACACCUUACAGUAUUGUACAACCUUCACCCCACACACCUUUGUCCCCACUUCUCCACCAAACCAGAGCAGGUGUUGCAAACAGGAGGUCCAAAGCACGUGGGAAAAAAAAUGUUGGAGCUAGAGUUGCCUUUUCCAGCAAUGUAUUAUUGACUUCCACACACCCUUGCCUGGCCAGCCCGGCCUGAGCUCGGCAGUGCAUGACUUCUCGCAGAUGAUUCCACCGCCAGCCCCUCCCAACACCUGCUCUUGGUAGGAAUAGGCAAGGUGUCAGCACUCAGUGCUGCUGCCUCGGACCCAAACCAGUAAACGGUGAGUUUUGAGCAAGAACUGCCAUCAUGCAGUCUUCUUGCCCAGCUGGCUACUGGCCCAAGGGGGCCUGCCUGGCUAGUCUUCCUUUCGUUACCCCUCAGGCCACCAGGCCUAGGCCACCGCUGUUGCAUUACAUCCAUCCCUUUGCAAAACCUGUAUGGAGCCUGUCACCACUCCCCUGCCUAUACUGCACCCCACCCCCCCAAAGAUAUUAUUCAGGUUAAAAAAAGUUUAAAAAAAUGAUUUUAAAGUAAAGCAUUUGUGAAGGUUCAAUAAAUUGUAAAUAAUUUUUAAAUAAAAUGAAAAUGUCUUUCCUGGAA